UAACAUCAAAAAUGGUAUUCUUCUAUUUCUUACUGCUUAUCGCUAUAUGUGGUCAAUUUGGACAAACAACAUCAAACGACAAUUGUAAAAAGAUUUGUCUACCGGAAGAUUUUGUUAGAACGCUAAUGAGAAGAGACAGCAAAAACCCCGAGCAUGCUCAUAAAGAUAGACCUGUAUUUUUUGCAUCCCUGAAAGUGCGCCGAUUUACUCUAAAUGGAAUUAAUGAUGUAGUCAAGUUCGAGGAUGUCAGGAUUAACAGGGGUGAUGGAUAUAAUCCUUCCACUGGAGUAUUUACUGCACCUAAAAGUGGAUUAUAUCAGAUAUCAUGCAUGCUCCUUGGAGAUAACGGAAAUCGCGUACAGUACCAUCUAAUGAAAAAUGAAUCAAUUUACACCAAUGGGCAUGUAAGUUACCAUGAACAUGAAUCCCAAACAAUCAGUUCAAUACUAGACCUGAAGAAAGGGGACCGUGUUUACAUAAAACACAGAGUCAGUGCAGUACAGAACAUUGUAGGUGAAGAUUAUUCUACCUUCUCCGGCUACUUUUUACAGGAAUAAAUAAAACAGUUACUAUU